AUGGCAUCAGCAUGUUGCAUUUGUAUGGAGGAUCAAGACAGUAUGGAUCAUACUCUCUGGAAAUGUAAGUUCGGCAUUUUUAUAUGGAACUGGUUAAAUGAAAUUUUUGCUUUCAAAAAUCCAUCUUUUUUUGAAUAUAUUUACAAGGCUGCUAAAAAUAAAAGUCCUCUGGUAAAAGAAAUUUGGCUUACUGCUUCUUGUGCUACCUUAAGAGAGUUAUGGUUCCAAAGAAAUGAGAAGUUAUUUGAAGAAAAUAAGCCUAAUAUCAAUAGAUUUAAAAGCAGAAUUUUUCAGCUAGUUUAUGAGGGUGGUUAUAGAAUGAAAGGUAACAGAUGGGGUCAAAACUAUGACAGUCAGAUUAUCUCCUUUUUCAUGCUUGGUGUUAGAAAUAUUAAGUACAGUGGGAUUACAGAAUGCUACUGGAAGUCUCCAACAAGUGGGUAUACUCUCUUCUGUUGUGAUGGCUCAUCAUUUGGAAAUCCAGGCUCUGCAGGAUUUGGAAUUAUUGCAAGGGAUAAUGAAUUUCAGGUGAUAGGUACUCUAAUUGGUGGACUUUGUAUUACCACUAAUUUCAUAGCUGAGGUAUAUGCAAUCUUGUGUGCCUUAGAAUGGGCAGUGUGCUUGAACUGCAAAAAGGGAUUUGAAGAUAUUCAGUUCUAUCAAGUUUUCAGAGAAGUCAAUUUCUCUGCUGACAAUUUAGCCAAAAAAGGUGCAAGACUGAAUGCUAGUGAAAGAAUUGUACACAUGAGAAGACCUUCAUUUCUCAAAAGGAUUGAAAUUCCAGGAGUGGUUUAUCACAUAUUUCACUAA